AUAACCUUAAAUUAGGACCAAAACGCUUAUUUUUGUUUUUAUACAUUUUUACAAUAGCAAUUUUGACUUUGUGGCUGUGGUAACUAGUGAUAACUGUGGUGUCCUUAUGCUAGCGACUGUUUGGAACUCGUAUACCAGAAAUCGGAAUUGCAUAACUAACGUUAACUAGGCGGCACCACUUGACCACCAGUUCUACAGGCAUGCUGAACAUGCCAAUGGACGGACACACAGACUGACCGGCCCUCUCCACCAGUCCCCUGCCCCUCCUCUCUUGUGUUUGUGCCUGCUGGUUCCCGGUUGGUAGAUCCUCGGGCACCGUGUGUCAUGGCUUCCAACAGUCGGGCUGGAAGACAUUCCCUGUGGUGGUUUCUCUCGCCGUUCCGGAGCAGGCAGGAGCGUGUGGUGCUGGCACGCAGCGAGAGCAUGCCGGGGGAACACGUGCUGAAGAUCACCAUCACAGAGACCACUGUGAUCGAGGCAGACUCGGGGGUGUGGAACUCUAAGUCGCUGGUCUACCUGGGCCUAUGGUACUUCUUCAGCUUCUGCACACUGUUCCUCAACAAGUACAUCCUGUCUCUGCUGGAGGGGGAACCCAGCAUGCUGGGCGCUGUUCAAAUGGUCUCCACCACCAUCAUAGGCUUUCUGAAGAUGUAUGUGCCUUGCUGCCUAUACCAGCACAAAUCCAGGACUGAGUACCCCCCCAACUUCCUCAUGAUCAUGCUGUUUGUGGGGCUCAUGAGGUUCACUAGUGUGGUGCUGGGACUGGUGAGCCUGAAGAAUGUGGCUGUCUCCUUUGCUGAGACGGUGAAGAGCUCCGCGCCCAUCUUCACUGUCAUCAUGUCUAGGCUGAUCCUAGGGGAAUACACAGGAAUGUGGGUGAACCUGUCCCUUUUUCCUGUCAUGGCUGGCCUGGCCCUCUGCACUGCAACAGAGAUCAGUUUUAAUAUGCUGGGCUUCUCUGCAGCCCUCUCCACCAACAUCAUGGACUGUUUACAGAAUGUUUUUUCAAAGAAGCUACUAAGUGGAGACACCUACAAAUUCAGCCCUACAGAACUGCAGUUCUACACCAGUGCAGCUGCAGUCAUUAUGUUAAUACCAGCCUGGGUCUUCCUCAUGGACCUUCCAGUGAUUGGGAAGAGUGAGCGUUCGUUCAGCUGGAGUCAAGACAUCGUUCUGCUGCUGCUGUUUGAUGGGGUCCUGUUCCACCUGCAGAGUGUCACCGCCUACGCCCUCAUGGGACGCAUUUCUCCCGUCACCUUUAGUGUUGCCAGCACAGUGAAGCACGCCAUGUCUAUCUGGCUGAGCAUCAUUGUGUUCAGUAACCACAUAACGGUGCUCAGCGCUGCCGGCACGGCCCUGGUUUUUGUUGGUGUGCUGCUGUACAACAAGGCCAAGCAGUUUCAGAGAGACACAUUACAGGCCCUGGCCCACGCCCAGGCUCAGGACCAACACAACAAACCACUUCUGCAGGACCACGAGCUCAAAGCAUCGGACCGAUACACUCCCCAGGAGACCAAAGGGGGAGAGACCAAAGAGGUCUGUUCUUUUUAACUUUGAUCAUGUAGAACCUGAUAUGCAGACUUGCACCAGCAUUACAACGAAUCGGAGAAGUCAACGGUCAUCAUAGCACAGUGGAAGGAUCUGUCACUGGGGUUUCUCUCAGUGGGAAUUGUCAAUUCGAGAGGCUGGUUUCAUUCGGCCUCACCUUGAUUCACUCUGAUGAUACCUUUGUGAACUUGCCUUAGUGUGCGGUCUGAACGCGGACCAGUGUUUGACUCGGUUCUGGUGUGUUUGAACUUCACUUUUACACUGUCAAUUCCUUUUGUUGUUCCAUUCCCUCACCUGAAAUGUUUCAUUAUUUCAUAUGGUUUUGAAACACGAGCAAACUCAGGAUUUCACUCAAUGUUCAUUGGGUGGAAGCGGUUCAAUGCAAGUCUAUUUUUUCUGCAUACUUGCCUUUAUGAUAAUUUUUGUAAUGUUUUAUUGAGUCUUGCAUUUUUCGGUUAUGGGCACACAUUGUCGUUGACUAAACAGCUUUAUUCUCCUGAUCAUUGGUGAAAGUCCAUCAACAUGCAGAACAGUGUAGGCAUUCAUCAUUCAUUCUAAUAGGGCUUUAGCUCAGCUGUAUACCAAUUGGUCACAAGUGUAAAGCAAAUAUUUGAGGCAUUAGCCUAACCACAAAGGUGUCUUACCUUCGGGGGAGAUGAGGUAGAGAGGGUAACCCUUAUUUGUUUUCCCAAAGCUCACCGUUGACACUGAACUUCUCACAGCAAUUUAAUCUGAAAUAUUUGAAAACCUUGAGUGCAGUCUGCAGAGGUCUAUCCUCAUCUGCAGUUCUUACAAAUUGAGCUAGGAACCAUUUUUAUUUUUGCAAAGCUUUCUUUAGGUUACUAUUGUGUUGGUUCUUCAUUUUCUUGUUCUUGAACAGAACCUGAACGUUUUGUCAUAGCUAGGUGUUGAGAGAUUGAUUUGGGUUUAUGUGGCAUUGUGUAGCUUUCCGCACCCUUGUCUUACUUUCUGUGCCACACUGAACCUUGUUAUUUGCUAAGAGUCAGUUGAAUAAGGGAGACUUGAUGUACUUUAUUUCAAGUGCUAAGCAUACUGUUAAUGAAACUGUUAUUUGUCUUGAGUACAUUCCUUUGUUGUUUUUGCAUUCUUGUUCAACAAUUAAUGUAUUUUUAGUAGUUCUGGUUAUGAAACGCCCCAAAGUCUCUCAACCAACCUCUUCAGGAUCCGCCCCUUUUUUUCAAUAUUCGCCUGAAAUGAACUAACCAAAUCUAACUGCCUGUAGCUCAGGCCCUGAAGCAAGGAUAUGCAUAUUCUUGAUAC